GACACAAUUUGAAUAAUUUUUUACUAAAAAGCAUGGCUGUAUAUUAAAUAUAAGAUUAAACAUUCGAGGCAUGAGUUUUGAGGAUUAUUUUUCAGUCUUUACCUCAAUUGAAAAUAUGUUACAUAAUGUCACCGAAACAUCUAAAGAGAGUUAUACUCAAAGUAAAACAAAUGACACGGAAAAAACUCUUAACAAAGUGAAUUACAGGUCUGAAUCCAAUCAUAAGGAUUGUGAAAGCGCUACUUUGAUUUCAAAUAAUAGUCAACAAAAAUCGACACUGAUGUGCGAUCACUGUCAAGAAUCAAAAAACCGGUCAUCGAAUGCUUUAGCUUUAAUGCGAUUUGUUAUGAAUAGUUGUACACAUUUUGAAAAUUUCAUUCAUCAUUGUUUUCAAUGUGAUACAUGCAUAUGCUAUCCUAAUUAUAUAGAUGGAAAUGAAUCUCUUCAAGAUUUAUGUAAACCUAUCAUUCUUCCAAAAUCAUUUUAUACAUCAUUUCUUGAGCAUCUUUUAAGAUUAGUACGUCCAAAUAAUGUUGAGUUCCGAAAUUUUCAAGUCCAUUCCCGUGUUAUUCGUGAUAUGGGCAAUAACUGCAAAGUUUUGAUUCCUGUCAUGAUAAAUUGUCAAACCAACUGUGUUAUCAAGUUAGGUUAUAUGGCAUGUUAUCAAGAAAAUAUAUCAACGGCAUUAGACUCAAAAGACAAAACAUGUUGUAAAAAAACCUUGUCACAAUUUGAUGAAACGUCUGAAACAAAUUCUUCCCUAUGCUCUCCAGAUACUUAUCGUAUUUUAGAAAUUGUCAUUGAUUAUGAUCCUCCUCAAACAUUAACCCCUUUACCUUACAAAUCCCGUGUCUCUCAAAAGAAAAACCGUCAAGAGCCUCCAACAUUUUUGAAACCUUUGUCUUCCUCUCCAAUUGUAAAAACAAAAGGAGAUUCUACCACUCCAACUGUUUACCAAAACCAUCUUCACGAUAUUAAAAAUUCUAUCACUUUGGAAACUAUGACUUGUUUUCAAAUGUUUCAAACAAUGCCUCACCAAGACUCGGACCAUGGUAUGGCGGGUAAUACCGUAUGUAUAAAUCCCGCUUAUACAACGCAACAAUGUUGCGAACAUAUUUCCCCUAUUGUUUCUACACGAUCGGAAAACAAAUCGUUUUUUCUUCAUCCUUUAUGUUCUUCUUAUUCCUGUCGAGGGCGAAGAAAUCAAAUGGAAGACCGCGUUUUAAUUUUAAAAGAUUUAAAUACCUUUUGUCAUCUUCCUUCUUUUCCUUACCAUGAAAAAGUUCAUUUUUUCGCUAUAUAUGAUGGUCAUGGGGGUAUUGAAGUUGUUGAUUACGUGUCGCGUCAUUUUCACCAUGUUUUAGCACAUUCGGAAUAUUAUCUCAAUGGAGAUUUCCCUAAUGCUCUAAAAGAUGCCUUUCAAAAAGUCGAAUCCGCUUUAUGCAAUCAAUUAAAAUUUAUUUUGGAAGCUCAAAAAAAAUACUACUGUUUACUUGAGACGUUACAAGCCGCUAAAAUACCUUUUCUCUCUAUCACUAAUCUGUGUCAUGAUGUUCUUUUAACGGAAGACCCAGACGUCGAUGUGCAUGUUUCUUCUUCACAACACGAAUACUCCUUGUCUUCUCCUUUUGAAGAAAGUCAAACAGCAUGGAUUGAUUUGUCACUUUCAUCAAAAGAUCUUUUACAACGGCAUUUUUAUGAGUAUGAAAGCAAAACCAAAGCGUUAGAAAAUCUUUGUCAUGAGUAUGAUUUAAAAACAAAUCUCAUCCAUUCCUCUCAAGUUUCCCAUUUUCAUAAUAAGUCUAAAUUAACAAGUGGAUCCACUGCUAGUAUUGUACUUUUAAAAAAUCGUACACUUUAUGUAGCCAAUCUUGGUGAUAGUCGAUGUAUUUUAUCACGUGGCGGUCGUGUUGCGUGUUUAACGGAAGAUCAUCGCUUAACAUGUUGUGAAAGGGAAUUAACGCGCGUUCGAAGUACUGAAGGGACCUUUAUUCUAGAUGGGUAUCUUUGUGGUCAAUUAGCAGUUUCCAAAGCAUUCGGUAACUUGGAAAAAGCUUCAUAUCAAAAAUUAUUAGGAUUAGAUGCUCAUCCUGAUAUUAUGACAUUUGAUUUAAGAGAAGAUGAUGAAUUUUUACUUAUGGCGUGUGAUGGUUUUUUCGACUCAGUAACGCCUGUCGAAGCAGUAUCGUUUCUUCGUCAGUGUCUUCAACAAACCAAAGAUGUCGAGCAUUCACUUAAAAGUCUUGUAGAUUUGGCACUCGAAAAAUCCGAUGAUAAUGUUACGGUCAUUUUAAUAGCGUUCAUGGAGGGUAUAACAAAAGAAAAGCAAGUGACUUUUAAAAGUACAACAUAUAACGAUUUUCAUGAAAAACAAGGCACGACAAGAAAAGAAAUAUCUCUCUCACCAUUGACGCCUUCAACAUCUCAUUCAGCAAUGACAACAUCCAAUUUACGUACCAAAAUAGACGACUCAUUUCAUUCGUCAUGUUGUACCAAAUGUCAUUGUAAAGAUACACUGCAAAGUACCACAAGAAAUCAUUCAACUGUUAAUAACAAAAACCAUGACUCCAAAACAGCUUACAUUAAAAAAAGAUAUCAUUGGAGUAUAGUGGAUUCUAUUUAAAGGACACUUUCUUUUUAAGCAUACAAUAGUAAAGUUUUUCGGCGAGGAUUCACGAGUGCUUUAAUUGUUCGAAUAAUCUUCUUCUUGCUUUCAUAUACUUAACGUCAGCCAUUCCACAUCUUACGCUUUAUGCUUUACACCACGUAACCUAAUUUUAAAUCGUUUGAUUUCUUUACCAAACCCACUGAAACUACGUCUUAUGUUUUUUCCUAAAUAGAAACAAAGAGUUCACAUUUAUUUUAAUACCUAGAACGAUGAUGGAUACAACAAGAAAAACUACUUUAUUCUAUUACAAUUUUUUUUAAAGAAGUCUCAUAAGCACAAGGGCGUUACCUUCUUAUUUCGUAGCCUUUUUUCUUCAGUCUAUAAUCCCUUUUAUUAUAUAGACUCUAUUCUACUUUGGUUAAUGCUUUUUAUUGUUGAUUUUUUGUCCGUCAUGAUAAGCUUCUAAGAGUGAGCCACAUCGAAAAAAAAAAUAAUAAUAAUAAUAAAAUAUCUU